CCAUUGUCCACGUGGUGUUACUUAACUCGUUUCAAAAGAAAUCGAGUUUCGGAGAAUUUCUUUAGGUCAAAGUGAUCAGAUGCAAAAUUCUGAUCACAAAAGAUAUUAGUGUCAGAAUAGUGCAUUAGUUAGUUUUGAAGGAGAAGAGUGAAAUUAGGUUGUGUUUGGAAUAAGAAAAGCAUCCAUCAUGUAUUCAGUCAGAGUUGGGCUUUUUGUGACCACGUUCGUACUCGGACAGUGCCGUGCGAUCAGUACAACGAUGCCGCAGCAAAUCGUCAGGACGACAUUGGCCAACGCCGAGGAUUUUAGGAGUAAUCUCAAUGGGUACCUUACUCCAAACAGCAAGCUGGCCCUAUUUCUCGAUUACGAUGGAACUCUGGCUGCGAUUGCGGAUCAUCCUGAUUUCACAAAAAUGUCCGAAGAGACCGAGAGCACCCUGAGAAGGCUUACGAAAAAUCCAAAUAUUUUCGUAGCAGUCAUAUCAGGGCGAGGUCUCGGUGAUAUCAAAUCCAAAGUACGCUUAGAAAAUAUUACCUACGGUGGAAACCAUGGUUACGAAAUUCAAAAUGCAGAUGGUAGCCGAUCAGAUUUUCAACUACCCCAAGAAGUAAAAGACAAUUACUCGAAGAUGGUUGCUGAAAUGACCAAAAGGUUUUCCAUUGAAGGUGCUUGGGUAGAGGAUAAGAAAGUAUCUUUAACAUUCCAUUAUCGUGAUGCUGCUGCAAAUAUUACCCCCGAAUUGCUGCGAAAUGUAACAAAAACUAUUGAGUCUUAUGGAUUUAGAGCAAAUCAAGCUAUUAGUGCAAUUGAAGCUAAACCACCAAUUAAUUGGAAUAAAGGUGAGGCAGCUUUACUUUUAUUGCGAAAAAAUUUCGGAGAAGAUUGGAAACAUGCUAUUAAGACAAUUGCUGUUGGCGAUGACACUACCGAUGAAGAUUUAAUGAAAAUUUGCAAAGGAGUUGGUAAAUCAUUUAGAGUAUCUACAGACGGAGAAAUUCAAACAAAUGCCGAAUUCCGGUUACCGUCAACAAAAGAAGUGACUCUUUUACUCAAGUGGAUUGAGGAACAGUACAAUUAAAUAAUCAAUUCAGAGGCUAUGAUCAAUAUAAGAUAAAUUAAAAAAA